AUGGAUCCAAACUCCGGCUUGCUUGCUCAUCCGUCCCAGGCCUGCUCGCACCGGGCCGAACCGUGUAUGGAAGAUGGAGGGAGCCCGGCCCCUGGGGAGCAGGGCAGACACUCUCCCUUUCCCUGGACCCAGGCCCCCAGCUCCAGCCUGGCCGACCCUGACUGGUUUUGGGAUGAGCACGUCCAGGCAAAGAGGGCCAGAGUAGAGACCAUUGUCCGAGGCAUGUGCCUCUCCCCUAACCCUCUGGUGCCAGGCAGUGCCCCAGCCAGGGACAGCCCCUGCUGCCCAGAGAAGGCCCAGGAGCGGAAGAGGAAGCAGAGCCUUCCUGCGCAGCAAGGCCCCCUGAGGCCAGGCCCUGCCGGGGACCGGGGCAGCAGGAAGGGGAGCCCUCGGGUGAGAGAACAGCUUCACCUGCUGAAGCAACAGCUAAGACACCUGCAAGAGCACCUCCUGCAGGCUGCUGAGCCCAGGAGGGCCCAGGAGGGCCCAGGAGGCUGUGACACGGGGACGGGCCCUCUGAGGGUAAAGCAGAUGAAUGGCUAUGGGUCUCAGCCCUGGGCUAUGGACAGUGACCACCUCCAGGGUUCCAGCGGGGCCCUCUCCAGGGUGGAGAAACAGACCGUGUCUGAGGUCACAUAUCAGUCUGAGGAAGCCAGGUUCCUUCCUUCUGGAGCACGGGCUUUGCUGGUGAUUCUGAAGAAAGAAUUGACGGGGGCAAUAUCCCAGGCUGUAGACUCAGUAUUACAAAAGCUGCUACUGGAUCCACCAGGGCCCCUGACUCAGCUGAGCAGACGCUUCCAGGGGCUGGUGCCAGACGAGCCGUCAUCUCCUGAGGCAGGUGCCUGGAAAGACCAACUUUCUCCGGCUGCCUUGCCCAGGAGGGCCCAGCCACAGGUGGGGGGGCCGCUGGGAAACUUGCCUCUGGCCAAGGCUCUAGAUUCUCCCAGGUUCCCCGUCUCUCCAAGAAUGCUCCCCAAACCCUAUCCGGGUCCCCCAGCAAACUGUCCCUUGACUGUGCCUGCCCACGUCCAGGAAGAUCAGACUGUCAGCCAGCUCCUGGGCCAGGGACCCGGUGGCCACUGGAGCAGCAGUCUUCCCCAGGACUCGUCUCCCCAGAGUCACCCCUCGUCGGAGGCGGCCCUGCGACCUUGGGGAGCUGCCACAUUGCGACCGCUGGCUCUGAGCCGGCAGCAGUGCCCCUGGCCCUUCAUGGCCUCCUGUCUGGAAAGACUGCCCAUCAUUCCCUCGGUGAAAAUGGAGCAGGGGGGCCCGCAGGCCGCCAUGGACGCCCUUCCUUUCUCUUCAGCCCACCUCCAGGAAGGCCUCAAUCCUGGUCACUUGAAGAAGGCCAAACUCAUGUUUUUCUUCACCCGCUAUCCCAGCUCCAACCUCCUGAAGGCUUAUUUCCCUGAUGUUCAGUUCAACCGCUGCAUUACUUCCCAGAUGAUCAAGUGGUUCAGCAACUUCCGUGAGUUUUAUUAUAUCCAAAUGGAGAAAUUUGCCCGGCAAGCAAUUUCAGAGGGUGUCACCAAUCCCAAAAUGCUGGUGGUUCUCCGCGACUCCGAACUUUUUCGAGCUCUCAACAUGCACUACAACAAGGGAAAUGACUUUGAGGUCCCAGACUGCUUCUUGGAAAUUGCCAGCCUGACGUUACAGGAAUUCUUCAGGGCUGUCUCUGCAGGCAAAGACUCAGAUCCUUCCUGGAAGAAACCCAUUUAUAAAAUUAUUUCGAAACUGGACAGUGACAUCCCAGAGAUAUUCAAAUCUUCCAGCUAUGCCCAGGAGCUGUUUCGGAAUUAAGAUCCCACAGAGUGAGGAGUGACUGGACUGGGUUUCCAGAGGUUGUCUUCAAUGGCAGUCAGUACAGCUGUAGUCAUAUAAAAAAGGGCAUAAGGAGAAGCUCUUCAAAUAGGACUAGCACAUUUUUGAUCAUAUAUUUUCCAGAAUUAUCAGAGAUUUAACAUUAUCUAUAAAAUAAUGUAAAAGGAACACAACAGUUUGGAACCAGAAGAUAUAAAUCUCCGUUCCACUGUUUCCAGGUAUCAUGACCCCGGGAACUUGCAGGAAUAUCUGCCUCCUUAAGACGAGGUUGUAAGGAAAAAAGAUACGUCCUAAAGAGCUCUGAGAAAGUUACCACGCAAAUGGUAUUUGUUCCCCCUUCUGCUUUCAGAUAAGGUUAUCUUAUUUGGGGUUUUCACACAUUGCUGUUUUUAGCUAUCUAGUCAUUAAACUCCAUUUAUUUGCAAGGUACUCAAAUACAUUACCUUUAAGCUUUUUACCCUGAAAAGUAGGAAUUAUCUUCAUUUUAAAAAUAACCAUACAGAAGUUUUAGAAUUGUGAGACAAGCUGCCAAAGGCUGGGAGGCGAGGGCAUUCGGGUUGGCAGGGGCAGUCAGGAGUGUGGAGAAGCCCACGAUUUUUUGGAUGCCAGGCUGUGCACGGACCACCUCGUGCAGCCGCCCAUGCUCUCACACAGGCCGCCAUCCCCGACUGGCAAUCAGCACUGAUGCUGCACUGUCUCCUGACAACCCCUCCUAGCACUCAGGAGUGCUCCAUCACCCAGGUGUCCACUGGCCAUUCCAGCGAAGCCAACACAAACUUUCUGCAGGACUGAGUGUUGCUGCACAUUCAUUUGCCUCCUGGAAGAGUUUAUCAGCUGGAUAACCCAGAUGGUCUCCAGUUGACUGAUGCAAUUAAUGCCCCAACCUCCUAUGUGCGGAGGAAACUGAGCUUCAGACCAUGGCAGCUAGAAAGGGCCUUAGGGGCUCACUUGGCCCACCCCGCUUAAACAAGGGAGGAGGAGACUGAAACCCAGACGGGAGGCUUUGCACAGCCUGUGCACAGCCUCACAGACGGAGAACAGUGUACUUAGGACAAAUACAGCCUCAUACACAGAAACAGAAAUUCUCUGCUCCAUAAGGCCAUUACAGCCCGGGGUCAGUCUUUCAGAGAUAAAGGAAUGCGUGAGAUCAACAUUUUUUCGCUACUGGCCCAACACAAAUUGCGACGUGCUCUGAGCACAUAAGCCAGACAUCUGCAAAGCUGAGUAACGACAUCUAGCUUCCAACUAGUCAGAAUCAAGUCUUGGAAAGUGCUGCCAAAGGCGCUCAGGCCCGAGUGGGCAUCACAGAGAGCUCAAGCUCCGUGUUCUGAUUAAGGAGUGUUUCUGACUUCAUCAGCUUUCUCCUUUCGCGUCUACAAACAACAAAUGUCCAUGUUCAACUACCCCACUUCCUUGACUUUUCAGAUCAGCUGGAUCAGGUGAAGUGAAAUCCCUAAAUUACUGCUGGAUGUAUCAAAUGAAAAGGCAGGAAAGACGACUUUCUUUUGAAUGUUCUCUUAUUCCAAACAGCUAAGAGGAAAAACAAAACAAACAUACUCAGCCCAAACCAAUCUUCUCAGGUUGUUUUAAAGUUAUUAAGUGUCCUCAGCACAUUCACUUGCACUCAGAUGAUCUUUGCCCUAUUUUCUCCCACAAUGUUCCCUUUACAGAAAUGAAGGGCUCUGCCAAGGCUGAGUCUUAAAAGUAAGCAAGCACUGAGUAUCCUGAGCAAGGGCAAUCAGUUAUCUGUGUUUGGAGACAGGAGAGGAACCCGCCGUCCAGAGUGACAUUACAUAGUUAUUUAAGACAUGCAUGUGAAACAAUUCCAAGUUCACAUGAUUGUCCAAAUGGAGCAGCUAUUUUCUGUCCCAAACCUGAAAUUCAUUAGUGUGUGUUUUAAACACUGAGCCAAGCCACCUCCAGGGCAGCGAACCUUGUCCCAGAGAUCAAUUAGAUGAAAUGUACAAGCUCAAAUUGAAAACAUUUGUGUACUAAGGUCUUUCCAGGAAGUGUUCUCUAACCACUGAGCUAAACACAGAAGAAUGUAUAAAUAUAUACGCUCUGCCAACAACAGAAUUCUAUUUUAUUAUAUUUUUCUCUUUCUUACAAGUGUGAUGGGAACACAUUCGGAGUGUAAGCUGAGCUGGUUGUGGUGCUCUUUUGGCAGUCAUGAUAUUGCCAAAGGUCUGGUUGUUCUUUCCAUCAAGGUGUAUGUGGGCACUCUUUUCUCCCAAACAGACGUGUUCAGUGUCUCGUCAAACACUGCGUAAUUGUCUAAUCUUUCUUCGAUGGAUAGUACGGCCUGGACCGUGGUUUAUGAUAGAGGAGUGAAUGUCCAGUUAUCAAUUAAAAGCAGGCAGUUAAUUGGCAUUCCAUGCAGUCAAAGGGUCAUUCAGCCCCUUUAUUUCAAACACGGUUGCAUUUACUCUACACAGCUCCAAAUUGGAUGCAUACAGUGAAGAGGUCAAAAUUAUCUCCAGGAUGUAUAAGGCAUACUUGAACUAUUUCCUUUCCAUCGAGAAGGACCACACGCGGCAGAGGUAGCACAGCACCCUUUAAUAAAGUUCUGCACCCAAGACAGAUUAAAAAAAAAAAAAAAACACCUGUCUUUGUUUGCAAUGAUGAAAUGUAGAAUCCUCAGAAAAAAUAAUUUAAAGCGUUCAAAACAUAAUUUUACAUGUGAAUUUAGAAAAUAUUUCUUUUUAAAAUCCUUACACGAUUUCUUGAAAUUCCAGUAACCAGUUUCCUGGAUGAAGUUUUACAUAUUCUAAAUGUUUAUAAUCUUUUUUUUUAAUUGGAGAAUAACUGAUCGACAAUGUUGUGUUAGUUCCUGGUGUACAGCAAAGGGUAAAUGUUCAUAACCUUUGAUUCUAGCUCUUUAUAGUUUUGAGCCUUUGCUCUGUUAAGCAGAUCAAACAUAGCUUGAUAAGGCAUGCAUUCAAAACGAAGGAGAGAUUUCAAAAAUCCGUUGAUGUUUUUACACAAACUCUAUUAGGUAUUUGUAUUUUGCAUAAUAUAAGAUCAUUUUCUCAGGACUGAAAAACCAGGAAAGAAAAUGAAAUUGAGUGUCAGGCUGAUGAUUAAAUGACAUAUGUUUGCAUUUGAAAAGUGCUCUACAAUUCUUUUUUUUUUUUGUCUUUCCGCCUUUUCUAGGGUCGCUCCCACGGCAUAUGGAGGUUCCCAGGCUAGGGGUCUAAUCGGAGCCAUAGCCAUCAGCCUGCG